CAUACACCUUUAGAAUACACAUUAACACAUAGUUUGAAAGCAGACAUCAUAUAAGAGAAAAUGUAAAAUAAUGCACAUUAACAUUUAAAAUGUAUCUUCCAAGAAUUCCUGGUGGCUAUAACAUUAGCCGUUUUAUUGGCGUUAACGACAUACGUUUCAGCCUUUUUCUGGGGUAGUUCGGAGCCACAGACGCCAGCCUCAAGCUACUACUACCACAAGCGACUUCUACAAGGUCCUGUCUACACCGUGAUAGAUCCCACGCGACCCCGUAUACCAGCAGUGCCCAUACAAGUAACAAACGAACCUCAGUACUCGGAACCAAUACCUCAAGGUCCACAGACGACUCAGCAAGAGAUGUACAUGUCAGCGCAGCCUCAAAGUUUCAUUCAACAGCCUCAACAGCAACAGCAAACGCAAAAGUGAGGUUAUGUUGACUAUUGACGUGUACGAUAUAAAGCUUAUUUGGCAUUUUCGUUAGGUUUUUCUUUAGAAAUAAGAAUUAUGCAUACUAUUUAUACGUACCUGAU